AUUGCUAGUCGCACAAUCAUAUCGCUGUGUAUCACUCGUGGAGUGCAGCAAUAAUUUUUUUCUCUUUCGCCCUUUCCUGUGGCAAAAAUUGUCCUCGCGGAUUUCUUCGGCACGGUACGUUGCGGAUUACCGUAAAACUCGCGUAACCCUCUACUAGUAGUGUCCCGACGGGUCUAAGUCACGAUAGUUCGGGCGUGUUACUAUCCCGGAAGUGAGUGUGAGUCCGGUUUUACCGGAGACGAACAUUGUGCUCAGUGUGACGUCGCACACCAUUUUUCUUUUCGCGUUCGCAAUCACAUCGCUGGCGGAAGAAAUAUUUGUUCGCACAUUCCACUGUGAGAGCUAGCAAAAUUGGUGAAUUAGUUCGAGCCUGCAGAUCGGCUGUUAAUCGUAAAGUAGGAGCAAAAUCGAAAAACAUCAGCCAUUAGUCGAGAUCGUGUAGUUUUGGAACAUUUUUUGGUUUAAAUUUUUUUCGAUCUUUUGUUCAGUAACGAGUUAAGCUGGUCGGCCAGAGAAGGAGCGGAAGCUUGCUGCGAAGAAGAGUAGCAGUAGCAGGAUAGUUGAUUAGACAGUGAGGUGCGUAUCAUCGGAUCUACUCAACUCGAAAACAGCAGCGCAGCAACACAUCUAAGUAGCAGCAGGAGAGUUGAAAAGAGUGAUUGCCUAGGACAUUUUGCUGAACACCCGACUUUGGCAGGAAGAAUGCACAACUGGUUCUCGGUGGAAUUGUAGUUUGCUGUUUAGAACCGGUAUUCGAUGUUUAACAGCAGUGGCGCAGACAUGUGUUGGUGAAUCGACGUCGUGAACAAUCGAAAAGCUCGUGUCGCUCGAGAUCAAAUAAUUAUCGCGAACGAAGGAUAACCUUUCGUUCAGGUUGUGUACCUUUUUCGGUUAAGGGGAAGGGGGUCGAUCUGGGAAGUCAUUUGUGAGUUUUUUUUUCUUUCUGGUGGAGAAACAGAAUCGGAAGAAGUUGCUGCAGAAGAAGAACGAGUUCAGUGAGUGAAACGGCGAAGCUAAGCCUAGCCUAACCAAGUCGUGCCGGAACCGAGCCGGGCUCAAGUUAUGGAUCCGGCGGUCGCUUGGUUCCAGGAAGAGCAGGAAGGACCGGCGAAGCGUAUGUGGAUGAGUAUUUGGGAGACGAUGGCAGAGUUAGAUCCUCCAUUGACCGUUCCAGUUGAGAACCUAAAACCGCAACGGGCCGGGACAGAGAAGUCCAACCGUGGUGGUGGUGGUGGUGGUGGAGAGAAUCGUAUCAUCGGUGGAGGUGGUGGUACUGGUGAUGAUUCGCAUCAUCAUGUCAACCAUCAUCAUCACCAUCACCAUCAUGGUAAUGCGUUAAGUGAGAACAACAACAACAACAACAAUAGUAACACGAGUAACAUUAGUGGCAACGGUAAUAAUAAUAAUGGUAACAACGGGAACAACACGCCAACCGGAGGAGGUGGCACUAUUCUAGUCAACAACAACGAGAAAAACUACAAUCCAACCCGGAAGAAAGCUGGCAGUACCGUGGACAAUAAGGCGAGUACUUACAACAUGAACAAACAACAUUUGCGGCUAAUUGGAAUCCACGGUGGUUGUCCGUGGCGUCCGCCGACCUUCAAAUACGGAAGAGGAAUCAUUGGGUUGCACGAAGAGAUCGAACAAUUUUACGCUCACAUGAUACCGACACCGACGGAGCAUGCCCUGCGGGUGCAGGUGGUCGCCCGGAUAGAGGCAAUCGUGUUGAAUCUCUGGCCAAUGGCACGGGUAGAAAUGUUCGGUUCCUUCCGUACCGGGUUGUAUCUGCCCACUAGCGAUAUUGAUCUGGUCGUUAUUGGACGGUGGGAUAAACUUCCGCUGCGCACUCUGGAGAUUGAGCUGAUAAACCGUGGCAUUGCCGAAUCGAUGUCGGUUCGUGUUCUGGAUAAGGCAUCGGUUCCCAUUGUUAAGCUGACCGACCGGGAAACCCAGGUCAAGGUCGAUAUCUCAUUCAACAUGCAAUCCGGUGUUCAGUCUGCCGAAUUGAUUAAGGAUUUCAAGCGGAAGUAUCCGGUGCUGGCGAAACUCGUGUUGGUGUUGAAGCAAUUCCUGUUGCAAAGAGAUCUGAAUGAAGUGUUCACCGGUGGUAUCUCGUCUUACUCGCUAAUCCUAAUGUGUAUCAGCUUUCUGCAGCUGCACCCCCGAGCCAAUCUGAAUCAGACUACCAAUCUUGGGGUGUUGCUGUUGGAGUUUCUGGAACUGUACGGUAGAAAGUUCAAUUAUAUGAAGACUGGAAUAAGUGUUAAAAGUGGUGGUCGGUAUAUACCAAAAGAGGAACUGCAACGUGAGAUGAUAGAUGGCCAUAGACCCAGCUUGCUGUGCAUUGAAGACCCCUUGACGCCCGGGAAUGACAUCGGACGAUCGUCUUACGGUGCUCUCCAAGUGAAACAAGCCUUCGAGUAUGCGUACAUCGUGCUGAUGCAGGCCGUCUCACCGCUAAACAAAUUUCUCAAUGACUGCAACCGGCAAAGUAUCCUAGGGCGAAUAAUCCGAGUCACCGACGAAGUGAUCGAUUAUCGGAAGUGGAUCAAGGAAACCUUUGAAUCAAGACUGAUAGCGGCCCAGACGAUUGUGCCUACCAUACUGAACGAUCCGCUGAACCCGCAUAUUCCAUUACACCUCCAGCCGCAGCAGCAACUGCAACCGGGCCAGCAGCAGCACCCGCAGAUGGUUUACACGCGACGGCGGAACAGUUUAUCCAGCGUGGACACCUCGGAAGAAAGCAUGGACAGCGAUGGGGACUCGAACUCGGUUUCGCGAGACAUAUCACCGACGAGCAUAAACCGAUCACCGGAGCUGGUUCACGAUAUGCACCAUCCGAACAGCCACACAACCGGCGGAGGUGGUGGUGGCGGCGGUACGGUGGUGGUGCUUACCUCACAUAUGCCCCCGCAGCAUCCGCACGAGGUGCUCAUCGAGGAGAACAAUGUGAUCAACUUGGCGAUGGCCCAGCAGCAGGCUCUGGAUGGUAUCAACGAGAAUCAGAUGAUCAGUUAUAAUAUGAACAACCGACGCAGUGCGUCCUCGCCGCAUCAGAUAGUCAGCGGUGCCAAGAAUGCCCCGAUGAACAUUUACACUCCACGCAGCAGCUCGGAGCGCAUUGCUCUGAGUGGAAGCGGCGGUACUGUCGUUGUUAGUGCCAACAAUAAUAACAACAACAACAACAGCGGGAGCAACAACAGUAACCAGCAAUCUACCGGUGGUAAUACCCUGGUGCGACAUAACAGCAAACAUCGCCGGGCGGUGAUCGGUCUGCUCGGGCACUACAUGAUCAAUCCGAACAACAACAUGAGCUUGAUCAACUUGACCGGUAGCAGUAACAAGGAGGACAAUAUGCACCAAGGCAGUAACAGUAGCGGACCGGGUAAGGAAUCGAAACAGCAAACACCGAGCCAACCGCUGUAUAGCAUGAGCAAAAAGACGUCACAACAGGUGGUUAGUGCAGCAUCGUCCUCUUCCAAGCGCAAAAAAACUAUCUCACCGACCGAUAAGAAGGGUGGCCCACUGGGAGGUAGCGGUGGUGGUGGUGGUAGCAACAGUGGCAGCGGCAUGGAUAGCCGAUGAUAGCAUACAAGGCAUCAGCAUUGUGCACGGUAUGUGCAUUACUGCUUCUAGGGAUUGAAGAAUCUGGCCGCCAAAUCCAGAGUGUUACCCGUUUUUUCGCAAUCGGCGUUAUCGAAUUUUGUCAGUAGGCUACUAGAGAUCCGCUAGUACGUGUGUAUACACCUUUGCUGGAACCAUCCGAGAAGAGUAUAGUGAUGCAACUAUAUCAUAUACAGUUAAGUGUGAAAAGCCAGAUAAGAGAAGUAUUGUGUUUUUUUUUUGCGGAAAUUCUCUGCCAUAGACAGCAUCAUUUCGAUCUUACUUUUUUGUGUCAGUGUACAUCCGCUACUUUCACCGUUAUAGAGAGUACUGAUCUUACUGCGAAUAGCAAAACUCAACCAUUUCCGCGCGUGUUGUCACUGCCCACAAAAGACGAACGGACGUUUAUCCCGGUUAGAAGAAAAACCGAAAAAAAAUCCUGGUCAGACUAAAGAGAAUAGACCUUCAUAAUACCAGUUAUUUAGCUAGUAGCACUAAAAUAUUAAGGCUCAUAUGCGCGUGAUAGCAACGUGUGAUUAUUGUUUAGCAUGUACCCAUCUAAAGUCACAUCCCCAUUUUCACUCAAAACGUUAGAAUCCACACACACACACACACACACACACACACACACACACACACACACACACACACACACACACCUACACACAAACAGACACUCGCUCACGGAAUAGAUUAACGAACAUACUGUGCAGCAAGAAAAGAUCAUGUCCUGCCCCAAACACUCGUCAUUCUUUGCCGCCGCCAUUUGCGGCAACAUUCAGUGGAUCGAUCAUAGCGAUAGAUUUAGAAGAAAGCGAAGAAAAACAAAAUAAGCGUUUUGUAUGAAUACUUGUUUUAGAGAAGAGAUCAUGAGCUGCAGGCGAAUUUAGUCCAAGUUUUCGAACUACAUGCAGUUGUCUCCGGAAACAGCAGAAUGGAGGAGCAAAGUUCGCGAUAUAGUUUAAUAGUUUUUAUGAUGAAAAAAGUAUGAGAACUUUUUGCACGAAAAUGGAGCUUAAGACGUAAUAGUAAUAAUAAUAAUAAUGAUGAUGAUGAUGAUGAUGAUGAUAGUGUAUUGAAAUCAAAAAAAAAAAACAUUAACAGAGAAAGUAUAACAGUCGGAAGCAGACUUCGGUAGGACAUAUAUUAUUUAGUGGAUCGGUAUUUCCGGAGCAAUGUAAGUAUUUAUUUGUGUUUUUUUUAAGUUAUCAUGUAUAAUUGAAUCGGUGGAAUGAUGUUUAGUGGAAAAGUUACAACUGUCGAUGUUUUAUCUGUUGUUAGAGGGAACAAUAAACCCAAUUCUGUGUGUUUUCAUAUGACUUCCAAACAAACCGUCAGCUUUGCGAGUGCCAAAUCAAACUCAGUCUCAGUUUCGGUUUACUAGUUCCAUCAACCGGGCGUUCGUUCGAACAAGACGCAUACACACUACGCAUAAUUUUUCCACUAAAUACCAUGGAUCUCACCUCAUUCAAAUGUGCAAUAAAUUACUUGCAAUCCUUUUCGAAAUGUGUGUAUACCAGUUGAAGAAAAUAGAAGCCCUUGCGCAUAAUUAACUACCAGGCGAACAUGCACGGGUGUAUUUUUUUCAAGAAGUUUACAUCUGCUUCCAAUCACGGUUGUUUGUAUGUAUAAAUCCACAGGAAAUGAAAAGAUAUUUGAUUCUUACCAAUUAACGGAACAUGUUAAAAAUCAAGCUCCGAAGCAACCAUCCAUAGAGAGGCUUUCAAUUUGUUGAGUUUGCCGCUUCCUGUGAGCACAGGUGAAAUAAUCAGCUACCCUUAUUAAGCUCGUUGAGAUGAACUAUUUAUCUAUAUAUGUACAUGAUUUUGCUAGACGUGUAAUGUGUAUUUUAUUAAAUGCUUACAUACGUAUAAACAUUUACAUAAAAAAAUACAUUUUUAAGUAGAAUUCCAAACUAUAUUUUUCGUAUGUCAAACAAUAAGUAGCAGUUAUUUGAAUAAGCGCAAAAGUGAUUUUGGUCGAGAUAAGAGUAGUGCGUUUCAUCAAACCGAUGCGAUCAACCAAAUCAACAGUGAAGCAAUUAUCAUUGUUGUUAUUAUUACUACGAUCCUCAAGUAACAUCUAAAUAGGAAACUAAGAAUAGGAACAGUGUGGACAAUUCCACUUCAGACGUCGACCCACGACAGUUGGUUUUGUUUUUUUUUUCUUCCUAAUUUCGCA